AUGAGAUACCUCUUGCUCAGCGUCCUGGCAGCAGCCAAGCUAGCUGCCGCGCAAUCUGUCCAUGGGUCGGCCGAGGGCUUCGCCUCAGGCGUCACUGGUGGCGGCUCCGCAACUCCCGUGUACCCAGCCGACGCCGCCGAGCUCGAGUCCCUGCUCUCCAGCGAAGGCGAGCAGGUGAUCGUACUCACAAAGACAUACGAUUUCACCGGGACCACGGCAACAGGAACAGCGUGCUACUCGUGGGGAACCGACGACGCAUGCCAGCUGAUACUGCAGGACGACUGCGCUGGGCAGCAGAGUACAAUUGCGACGUACGAUGCCGCCGGCCCAACGCCCAUUGCCGUUGCUUCGGACAAGACGCUCCUGGGGGUCGGGAGUGAGGGAGUGAUCAAGGGGAAGGGGCUGGCGUUUAGGAAUGACGUCAGCAAUGUAAUUGUGCAGAACAUCAAGAUCACAGAGCUGAAUCCGAAGUAUGUUUGGGGUGGAGAUGCGUUGACGUUUGAUGGCAGUAGCUUGAUUUGGAUUGAUCAUGUCGAGACCUCGUUGAUCGGGCGAGUCCACUACGUCUUUGGCUUCAACCCCAACAGCAAAGUCACCCUGUCGAACAACUUCAUCAAUGGCGAAACCACCUACUCGACCAGCUGCGACGGGUACCAGUACUGGGGCAUGGAGCUGGUCGGCGAAAACGACUCGAUCACAUUCAAAGGCAACUACCUUUAUAAAACCACAGGCCGCAGCCCAGCCCUCAGUGGGUCAACCAUCUUCCACGCCUGCAACAACGUCUGGGAAGACAACCCUGGCCACGCAAUCGAAGGAAACCAACAGGGACAGGGUCUCUUCGAGGGCAACGUCUGGACAGACGUAGCUAACAUUGCUUCGGACGCCAACUGGGAUGCCGGGUCUCUCUUCCUCUCUUCUGCCGAUGGGACUGGAAACGAUGCCUGCGCGAGCUAUAUCGGCCGCAACUGCGCGUCGAGUAUCUAUACAAACUCGGGUGGCGAUUACACGGCGUAUACGGAUGCGAGCUUUUUGGGGAAUUGGGGUGAUCUUACUAUUGCUGAGUGUGCGGAGGCAAGUGAGAUACAGACUUCGGUGCCUGGGGGUGCAGGGAACACGUUGGCGUCGGUUGCUGCUACGACUGGGUCAAAGUGUAAGAGGUCACGUAGGAAGCACUAG